GGUUGAAAUAAGGUGACAGUUGAACAGUGUAUAAAUAGCAGUCACUGACAGCCACUAUGUUUAACAUUCACUGAAUUUAUUUGAACAGGAUGUUCAAGAUUUUGGCAAUCUUGGCGUUGGCUGUUUCCACAGCCGUACAGGCUGAUCCGGCCCGCCCUAUAAUCACAACCCGCGGAGGUCAAAUCCAGGGUGUGACAUCCAGCUGUGGUUUAUUCUGCAGCUUUUUUUCGUUUAUGGGUAUACCAUACGCUGAACCACCGGUAGGAGAUCUCAGAUUCCGUAAUACAGUUCCACACCGCGGAUGGACUGGAGUGAAGGACGGCAGUGAACACCGAGCGCAAUGUCCAUCAAGCAGCUUCUUCGGAGAUGGAUACUCCGGGGACGAAGACUGUCUUUUCCUAAAUGUUUACACCCAGCAAGUUGUUGGAUCUCGCCCCGUAAUGGUAUGGAUUCACGGAGGAUCCUUCUCUGGAGGAUCGGGAGAUUCGUUUAUCUACGGCCCAGAUCAUUUGGUGCAGCAAAAUGUAGUUAUCGUUACAAUCAACUAUCGCCUAGGGGUUCUGGGAUUCUUCAGCACAGGAGAUCAGCAUGCUCAAGGUAAUUGGGGUAUGAAGGAUUGUGUGGAAGCUUUGCGUUGGGUACGGGACAAUAUUGCUGCUUUCGGUGGUGAUCCUAAUAACGUGACAAUCUUCGGCGAAAGUGCUGGUGCUGCAGCUGUACACUACCUCGUGCUAUCUAGAAUGGCAUCAGGACUAUUUCAUAAAGCCAUUGCUCAAUCCGGCACCGCCCUUGUCCCAUGGGGAUUCCAGUAUAACCCUCAAGAAAUGAAACGAUACAUUGCGGAAAGAUUUGGAUAUCCAGUCAACGACAAUGCAGAGUUGGUGCGUCGUCUAAGAAAUACACCAAAGUCCGAAUUCGUAAACCUACAACAAGGAUGGACCGAUAUUGCCAUCCCUCGUGGUUUCCGUCCGUUCGAUUUUGUUCCAACCGCCGAACCUGUCAAUUCUCCUGAACCAACGUUUUUAACUGAACGUCCUAUUGAUAUUCUGAAGGCUGGCACUUUCAACCAUGUACCCUUUAUAAUUGGAUACAACGAUGCUGAAUCACUCUUUAUGAUCCAUGAGCAUCGCAUUGAUUCAACCGUAUGGAAUGAGUUCUCGAGAAAUCCUCAGUUCUUCGUACCCCACUAUUGGAACAUCCCACAAAACACACCCGCAGCCACAGCCGUUAGCCAAGCUUUCAGGAAUCUUUACUGGCAAGAUCGUCCUCUUGGCCCAGACAUCAUGUUGGAAUGGACCAAAUUCCACACCGAUCAACAAUUCACUUAUGCUUGCGACAAAUCGGCUCGAUUAACAGCGCAGCAUAAUACCGCUCCAACAUACUACUACAAGUUCAGCUUCGACGGUGCUCUGAACCUGGUGAAACGUGUUACACUACUAUCGGACUGGCCAGGAGCAAUGCAUGCCGAUGAACUCCCUUAUUUAUGGUCUAUGACCAACUUCGCAGUGUCUCCUAUUCUACCUAGCAAUCCAGCAGUCACUGUCCGUAAUCGCAUGGUGCGCAUGUGGACAAACUUCGCAAUUACUGGUAAUCCAACUCCAAACUCUGACAACGUUCUUCAGAAUGUCAGUUGGGCGCCAUUCACCACACAAAAUAUGGCGUUUAUGGAAAUAAAUGAGUCUCUACUGCCAGGGACUAACCCAAACAGUGAAAGGCUGGAUACCUGGUACCGCUUGGAAGAACAGUACGCCAACGAUCCGUUCUAUUAUCCAUGGCAGUAAAAAAGUAAUAAUAAGAAUAAAUCAAUACUCAAAAUA